AUGCCGCCGGAGUUCCCAUUUGAAGUCUCGGCGAAGGUUGCCCUUGUCUUCAUCUACCUUACAACCAUUCAGUUCUGGCGUUCGACCCGUAUACUAUCCCUUUGGGAUCAUCGUACGGUUACUUUUGAAGACUUCGCCGAGGAAAUUCUUGCUGGUAUUCCACUUCAAUAUUUUCAAGUUCCGCUUCCCUUCCCCACCGGUCCACGUUAUAUUAUAUCCAGGGGCAUGCUUUCAUUUGAUCCUCAGGGUCGCACUCAAAUGGCACAGAUUCUUCCAUCGGACAUCGAUCACCUCUUACGGGAGUGGGGUCCCAUUGGAGUCCCUGCCAAUCCACCUCCGACUCGCACGCGGACUUUGAACAGUUUCAUGGCUUGCCGAACAUUCCUCGCUCCUGUUUUCCGAGAUACGACUCAAAAAACAAAGUCUCAGCUUAUCUCCUUGAUCUGGCUACAGGAUCCCUUCAAGCCUCAGUGGGCUGUUUUAGCGCAGUCUUACUCUCAUUUACGAGAUCACUUCGAGCUGGAUGACCCAAGCCUUUCACUGUACAUCCAAGUGACGAAGGAAUUUUUCAAUUUUCCUAGCCCUGAAUUAUACCUUAUGCAUGUCGGCUGGGAGUUACAGAAGACCCCCUGCGGUGAUUUCAAUCUGAGCAAAUGUCUUCCACGGGCGACAUUUAAUCUUCCACAUGAAGCAGUUUCAGUUGAUGACAUCUUAAACUUCUGCUCUCAAAUUCCUGGCUAUGCAAACAAGAGGGCCGAGUCUAUGUGGCCUGCAACCCUCGACUUACGUCCUUCCCUUGUCGCUGUUAACACCAGGGGAUAUGUGCCUGAUCCCUAUCGAUGGCUUUUCGAUGAUCGGGGCAACUUGCGCACUUUUGACGAGUUUACUCUGGAGCAAAUGUACGGCACUCCUGAUGGUGAUAUGGAUGAAGUCCAUGACGCCAUUUAUACUCCCAUCUAUGAGCAACAACUACUUGAGGAACGGGCGGAAAGUCAUGCAAAUACCAUCAAUGAAGUUUCCCCUCAAGACUUUCUCACAGACCAGUGGUCUUCAUGGAAUCAAUGUUUUCCUGCAGCUUCUGCGGUUGAUCGUUCCGUUUAG